GGUUUAAGUUCAAUACUUUCCAUUCUGUGCACUUUCAACGAAAGUCGAGGAACAUUUCUUUCGUCUGACUGAGUUUUCUGUUCUUGAAUACUCGAUUUCACCAUCAAGAGAGCGCACAAGAGGCCGAAAUAGACAUGGAAGAGGUGAGAGGGCCGCGUAAACUGCGGAAACGGUCACGAAGCGAAAGUUCCGAUGAUUCGACCUCCUCAAGUUCGGAAAGAUCUAAGCUAAAGAAAACAACGAAUGGAUUUUGCAAUAAUAAGUCCAGCAAAUUGGCCGACGAUCAAGCAGUUUAUGGGCGAAGAAUACCUUAUUUCGGCGAAAAUUCAAUCAAUGAUAUCUUAAAGGUUGUGUCUCUUCAGUCAUUCUCCAAUCCUCGGCUGUCGUUGUUGAAUGAUGGUGAAAGAGACGUACAAAAGCUGUCGAGUAGGGCAGAGUCGGACUGCCUGUCUGAUUCGUCAAGUGAAGAAUUAUCCCGCAAAGAGAGGUCAGAUUCGUUCAGCGAAGAAACAGGAGGAUCAGGCGAACAUUCGAAUCUUGGGUUGCCUUCGAACAAAUCCCGCGGCAGACGAAACGAUUUCAAGAAUGGUAGCAGUGGGAUUACAGAGGCAAUUGGAAAAGAUCAAAGAUAUUGGGAGAAACGGCAGCGAAAUAACGCUUCCGCGAAGCGUUCACGAGAUGCAAGACGCGUGCGAGAACUUGAGACUCAAAUUAGAGCCGAAUACCUCGAAGAUGAAAACUAUCGGCUGAAAGUUGAAAAUGAAGUUUUACGAGAGGAGAACGCGCGACUACUCAAAACCAUCGAGAGGCUAAAACAACAUAGCUCCAACAAAGACUAAAUCGAAUGAUCUAGCUUGUGUAAUACUGUAUUUUAUUUUGCGUGAAUAACUCCGAGGGACAGAUUCCAUGAAUUGACUUCAUCAAAUUUAAAUUGUAUCCUUUUAUUUCACCACUGUAUAGAUUUAUUACCUCGUGAGCGCAAAGAGGUUUUCCACUAUCCAUAUGUUCAGGUUUGCUUAGGAGUGACGCAACCUACUCGUCUGCCUUUCCCGCCGUAGUGAAUUUCAUAAUUUCCAUCGCAAUGAUAGGCGGCGUAUUCUUGAUAGAAUAUUCAUGCUUACGAAAUAGUGAACUCGAUUUAAUAGCCCCAAAAGGUGGCAUUUUAUAUUCGUUUAGCUUUAUUUUGUGAGAUAUCUCAAGGUAUCGAGGUUUUUUCGUGACAAAAGAAGUGAUGCAAAUUUUUGUUCAUUUGGAUACAAACUAAGACCUCUACGGAUACGUCGCGUGAUAAACAGAAUAAUGUAUCUCGAAUCUGUGUCGUGAAAACCGCGAAGCAAAGAUUGGAAUUUGCUCCUAGAAGCUGCUAUUUGAUACAAAGAUAUUCUUUUGACAUAGUGGCGGUUUGAAUUAGUUCUAACUCAGACGACUAUCACGUGCCUAAGAAGGCUUUGAGCUGGAAGAACAAAUGUGAAAGUGUUUACGCACGAGAUCGGCAGUAUGUACAACUCGUCUAAACAUGUAUUUCGUCGAAGGCAGUGAUGAAAGGGAAGUUCUUAUUGGAAGAACUGUAAUCUUUUUCUAAAUGGCUUCGGAAAAGUCUUGAAGAAAGAAGGUUUCUUGUCGAUUGAAACAACUGGCACGUGAAAUCUGAGCUUAUAGAUUAUGCAGACAUUUUGUUAUUUCGGGUGUAGAAACCAGUCGCCAUGUAUAUUUAUGUGUUUUAAAAUAUAAGUGGUGUAACCUACUAGGGUCAAUGAAAUCAUUAGAAAUGAUUUUCAACUGCGAUCAGAAGAAUUUUUUAAGACUAUACUCAGAAACUUUUCAGUGCUGUAGAAUUUAAGACCUGUAAAUUUUGAAAAAAUGUAUGUGAUAGAGACCUCACAGUUGCCCCCGUGUAAAACGGAAUGUAUAAAAAUAACUUGUUGUGGCUGAAUGUGCCCUUUGUAUUUGUUGAAGUGGUUUAUUAACAAGAUUGAAACGUUGAAAAUAGUGAAACAAAGAUUCAAGUGAAACUCUUGGAUGUGAAAAUUUCAAAAUAUAGCGUGCUGCCUACUGUUGAAUGUUAAUUAACUUCGUCUGUCCUGAUAUGAAUGUUUCUGUAGUCAAUCAAUCUGCAAUAGGCUUACUGAACCCAGCAUUAACAUAUUUUGUUCCAGAUUAACAAUCGUGCAAAGCUGGUUUGUGUUUGAGGGACAAACCUUUAAAAAAAAAAAAAAAAAACAGCAGCAUUUACACAAUAUGCUAUUUGUCAUAGAUGUGACAAAUUUUAUCAACUUCUCAACCACUACAUGGUGGCACUGAUAUGAAAGAAUAUUAUUAUCAGUAUUAAAUAUUCUUUCCUGUUUAAAAAAUAAAAACUGACUUCACUGACUCAAUCUAUACAGUUAAGAAUCAAACAAGCUUGAAGUGUUAAAAGACCUACAGGCAACCUAGAUACUCAAGUAACUGUAGAAAGGGAUCUGCUUUCCUGUUUACUAUUAAAAGUAUAUUGCUAGAUAAGCCUUGCUUGUGCUGUGGCAUUUUAGUUAAAAUGGAUAUGACUACAUGAGUUUUAUUAAUAACAAUCUAUAACAAUCUAUGAUUACUGGGGCAUGUUUCGGCCAUGCUCUUUGAAACUUUUUUUUUUUUAACACAAGUAAUUUGCUAAAAAUACUUAAAACUCCUUUCACCGCAGUUCUAUGAACACUUUGUAACAACAUGUAUUUAAUAAUUGUAUUUCACUUUUCAUAUUAACAACACUGUAGCCAGUAACUGCUUAACAUAGUAGUUAGGACAGCUCCAAUAGCUGUGGUUCAUGAAACUUAUUUCUCAAAAGAAUACUGGACAAUUGUUGAAAUAAAAGACAAACAGCACUUCAA